AUGGAAGCCCAGGAGAAGGUUCCUGAACCCAAGCCAGAUCCAGAGCAGGAUGCAGGACAAAGAAAGGGGGUAAGUGAGCCGUCCUCCGAGGGACCUCCGAAGCUGACUCCAGUGCUCUUGGUGACCUCCCUGGUGGCUGCCUUCGGCUCAUCCUUCCAGUAUGGCUACAACGUGGCUGUCAUUGAUGCACCUACUAAGGAUAUGCAGAACUUCUAUAACCAGACCUACUAUGAGAGGAAGGGCGAGUUCCUGAGCGAGUCAAUGGUCAGGCUGCUGUGGUCCCUCUCCGUGUCCAUGUUCCCUUUAGGGGGCCUCUUCGGCUCCUUCCUGGUCGGCCCUUUCGUCAAUAAGUUCGGCAGGAAAGGAACCCUGCUACUGAACAACAUGUUCUCCAUUGUGGCCGCCUUCCUCAUGGGCCUCAGCAGGCGUGCCGGCUCUUACGAGAUGAUCAUCGUGGGCAGAUUCCUGGUGGGCAUUUGUGCAGGAAUCUCUUCCAAUGUUGUCCCUAUGUACUUAGGGGAGCUGGCAUCCAGAAACCUAAGGGGGGCCCUUUCGCUGUUGCCCCAGCUCUUCAUCACCAUCGGCAUCCUCAUGGCCCAGAUCUUCGGCCUCAGAUUCAUUCUGGGGAACAAUGAACAAUGGCCCCUCCUCGUGGGCAUCACGGCCCUGCCAGCCAUCCUGCAGGUACUUCUGCUGCCCUUAUUUCCAGAGAGCCCCCGCUACCUGCUGAUUCAGAAGAAAGACACAAACGCUGCCAGAUAUGCUCUGCAGCGGCUGCGGAACUGGAAGGAUGUGGAGGAUGAACUGGAGGAGAUACGGCAGGAGGAGGACGCACAGAAGGCCGCAGGCUUUGUGUCGGUGUGGAAGCUCUUCGUCACGCGCUCCAUGCGCUGGCAGCUCAUAUCCAUCAUCAUUCUCAUGGCCGGCCAGCAGCUGUCAGGAGUGAACGCGAUCUACUACUAUGCAAACCAGAUCUACGGGAUCACGGGCGUGCAGCCAGACCACAUCCAGUAUGUGACAGUGGGCACAGGUGCCAUUAACAUGGUGGCCACCUUGGUCUCCGUGUUCGUAGUGGAGCUGCUGGGAAGGCGAAUCCUGCUCCUUCUGGGCUUCCUGCUGUGUGGUGGGGCCUGCUGUGUGCUCACGGCUGCGCUGGUCCUGCAGGAUAUAGUCUCCUGGAUGCCCUACCUCAGCAUCGUCUGCGUUCUCUCCUACGUCGUGGGACAUGCCCUCGGGCCCAGUCCUAUCCCCCCACUGAUUAUCACCGAGACCUUCCUACAGUCCUCCCGUGCGUCCGCCUUCAUGGUGGGGGGCACAGUCCACUGGCUGUCCAACUUCUCUGUGGGCCUCGUCUUCCCCUUCAUCCAGUUCUCCCUCGGCCCUUACAGCUUCAUCAUCUUCGCCUGCGUGUGCCUCAUCACCACCAUCUACAUCUGCCUCAUCCUCCCCGAGACUAAGGGCAAGACCUUCGUGGAGAUCAACGAGAUAUUCAGCAAGAAGAACAAGCCAGAAGUUCAACCAGGCAAGGAGCUCACAGAUCUGCCUCCCACUACUGAGUUGUCCAGGAGCUGA